AUGCCCUCCCCCUCCCGCUCCCCGCCGACGCCUCCGGCCGCCUGGCGCUGCGUCCGGUGCGGGCUCUUCAACCCUGACGGAUGCGACUCCUGCGAGCUGUGCGAGGCCUCGCUCCCAGUGGAGGUCGACAUCGACAGCCCCGUCGUCGUGGGCGCCGCCCUCGCGUUGGCCUCGCCCAAGCGGGGCCGGAGGAAGAAGGAGCGCAGGGCGUCUCCCCUACCCCGGCGGUUUGGGAGGAAGAGGGAGGGCAGGGAGCGCGAUGCGUCGCCGGAUGUGGUCGAACUCUGCGAUAGUGCUGGAAAGGGGCCGCCGCCAAGAAAGGAGGUUACACCAUACAUAUAUAUGAUUCUGCAAAAGUCUGACUGGUGGCAACAAUACAACUGUGUGUCAUAUGAGAAGGCUAUUGAGAUGACGUAUUACUGCAUGCAGUUGAGCAAACUGCCAGUGAAGGCAUCUAAACGAAUCCCAUUUUCGAACUCAAUAAUGGGAAGAGAGCUAUGCAUCACCAGUGUUAGCACAGGAGAGAUGAACAAGUUGAUGUUAGCCACGACCCACCUAGAGAGCCCAUGCCCUGCACCUCCUAAGUGGGAUCAGAUGUACAGCAAAGAACGUGUGGAUCAGGCAAAGCAAUGCCUGGAAAAUCUGGGACGCUUCCCCAAUGCCAUAGUCUGUGGGGACAUGAACUGGGACGACAAGGGAGACGGUCCCUUCCCUCUGCAGGAUGGGUGGACUGAUGCUUGGGUUGAGCUGAAGCCUGGAGAAGAUGGCUGGACCUAUGACACGAAGGCCAAUGGCAUGAUGGCAGGCAUCCGCAAGCUGCAGAAGCGAAUGGACCGGUUUUUGUGCAAGCUGGCAAACUUCAAGAUCGACAGCAUUGAGAUGAUCGGGAAGGAGGCAAUACCGGGUGUCUCCUAUUCCAAGGAGAAGAAGAUUCGGAAAGAGAGCCGAAAGAUUCAGCUGCCUGUCUUUCCAAGCGACCACUUUGGGCUUGUUUUGACCAUCACCCAGCAGGAGAAUGACAGCUUCUGA